GUGGGGGUCUAUGGUGGCCGCUGUGGGGGUGACGCGUGUCCGCGGUCCCAGUGUCCCAUCUCCGGCCACGGAGGCGACCAUUCGCGGGCAGAGAGGAGAGGGCAGGGCAGCGAGGAGAGAGCGAGGCCGCCCUGGGCCGCGUGGCGCCAGCGGAGGGGCCCUGCUGUGAUCUGUCCUUGUCCUUCCCGGCGCGCACGGGAGGUGGUGCUGGUUCCCCGGCCUGGCCCCGGGAAUGUGGGGGCCGGAGCGGGGCUGUUGUCCUUGCUCUGGCUGAUCAGGAACUAAUGGAAGCGGUUGAAGUGGUUCACCGAAAGAGCUGAGCGUCGUCCAGAGGCGUGAUUGGUGGUGAAGGGUUCCGUGCUGUGGUGCUUGUGGAAAAUACAAUGUUCUAUAAAGUUAUUUGCUGAAGCAUGCGUCUCUGUCAUAGUAUAAAGCUUCGCCCGGAACUGGGAAUCGGCCAGAUUUGUGACAUGAAUUGCUCCAUUGCUUGCUUUCUUCUUCUCUAUAGGACUACUCAUGCUGUCUGUGUAGCUUAUUGCUGACAAUAUUUAUCACUUCAGAGGUCCUGCUGCAGUUGGCAGAGGGGAAUGGCUGUGAGAGCUUGUGGCUUGAUCAUCUACAGGAGGCUGCAGCCAGCACCGUCCUCCAAGGUCACUGACAGCAUCGAGUACCUCCUGCUUCAGACAUCCUACGGAACCCACCACUGGACCCCGCCCAAAGGCCAUGUGGACCCAGGGGAGGAUGACCUGCAGACAGCCUUUCGGGAAACACAGGAGGAGGCUGGUCUGCAGGCCAGCCAGCUCACCCUCAUCGAGGGCUACAAGAAAGAGCUGCACUACCCUGUCCAUGGCAAGCCUAAGACCGUCGUGUACUGGCUGGCAGAAAUGAAGGACUGCAACACAGAAAUCAAGCUAUCAGAGGAGCACCAAGCUUUCCAGUGGCUGAAGCUGGAGGAUGCCUGCAAAUUUGCAGAAUUUGAGGACAUGCAAGCAACGCUGAAAGAAGUGCAUCAGUUUCUCUGCUCCAGAGAAUAAGUGUUUUUGUGAAGUGUAAGGGGAUUUCUUGAGGACACAGGUCUGCUUUUUGUGUUUUAAACUGGAGGAAGCAUUAUAUGGCUGCAGAAGUGUAGAUUUUUAUUUUUUUUUUUAAUAUCUGUAGAAAUUCAGUGAGGAUACAUGGAGCCUUUAAAGAGAUUGUGCUUUUGUCUCCCCUAGCUAGCACAAAAAAGCAGUCUGAUUGAACCAUAAACUGGAGAUGUCUGAAUUGAAGCCCAGAGCUAACAAAAGACUUCCUCUGUCUCUGUCUCCUUUUAUUUUUAUUUUUUUUCCCCUUUCUUUUUCUUCCUUGAAGUGCUGAACAACCACAGGUCUUUUUGAAAAAUCAAACACUUGAUACAUCUUGACUUGCUGAUUUAAAGCUAGAGAGUUGAGAAGAUGAGCAUAUGGGGAUUUUUAAUAACAAAACAUUUACUGCAGAAGUCAUACCUUGAAUUUCAAGUGAGGAAGCAGUAGUUCUAUUCCCAACUCUUCCAGUGAUAUGCUGUGAUAACUUGUCAGAUCAUUUCAGGGUGUUUUUGUUUGUAUCAUGAAUUUAUGUACAUCCCUAAUGUACUGUUGUGAGAACAUUUUCAUCCAGAGAAUCUUAGUAAAUGAUUGAAGUAUGGUAUUUAAGUGGUAAUUAAAGUUCUUUUGCCUCUUG